CGUGCGCCUGCCGCCAGGCUUGCACCCGACGCCGGACCCCGGGCCAGCCCUCGCUGCUCCCGCGCUCGCGGGCGGCGCCUUCGGAGAGGCCUCGCCGCCGCCCUCGCCGCCGCCCGAGGGCCCCUGGCCUGCCAGGGCGGCCCGGGGGACUGCGCCCGUCUGCGCAGGCGCCCGACGGGGCCGCCCGCCGCCGAGCGCGAGGAUUGCCGCGCACGGCUCGGCCCCGUGGAGGGCGGUGCUUUACACGCUGA